AUGGAGGUUGAGAAUUCCAUUGGCACCGUCUCACGGAAGAAAGCCUUCGAAGAAGAGACACCGUCAGAGCAUCUUCUCACCGAGCAAAUAGCGCCUCCAGUUGACUGGCCGAUGAAGGGUGAGAUCAGGUUCCAGCAAAUAUCGGGGAUCUGCGGACGAACCGGGAGUGGCAAAAGCUCAGUCAUCCUGAGCAUCCUCCGACUUGCGGAGAUGGUACAAGGCGACGUGGUGAUCGACGGGAUCCCAAUCGCGGACAUGCCACGCAACACGCUCCGCCGCAGCAUCACGGUGAUGCCUCAGGAUUCGUUGAUACUGUUUGGGACGGUACGAUUCAACGUGGAUCCGUUCUCGCAGCACGGCGACGAGGCGAUCGUCACCGCCCUGGAGGAGGUGUGUGGGGUGGUCUGGAAGCUGCUGUCGCGGCGCGGGCUUGACGCCACAUUGGAGUCGAGUCCGCUCUGGCGCGGCCAGAAGCAGCUGUCCUGUCUGGCGCGGGCGGUGUUGAACGGAUUCCAGAUACUCAUCCUGGACGAGGUGACGUCGAACGUGGACGCGGCCACGGAGCGGAAGAUGAUGGACGUGCUCCGGGCGCAGUUUGCCGACAGCACGGUGAUCUCGAUUGCGCACCAUCUGCAGACCGUGCGUGACUUUGAUCGGAUCCUGGUGCUCGACGGCGGACGGGGGGUGGAAUGGGGCCACCCGGACGACCUGCUCGGCCGACGGAGCAAAAGAGAGAAAAAGAAAAGAAAGGCGCCCCAUCCCAUCUCCCCCAUUACUCCGUCGGUAAGAUAUAGCGGUGAGUGA